UAGGCGGAGUUCAGUCCAAUAAAGUCCUCUUUGAAAAAACUGUGGCGUUAGUAGUCGCCCACAUUUUGACUGGAAUACUGACAGUUUUGAUUUUAUAGCGAAUUUAUCCUCGUUUUACGUUGGAGCCGGAGUAAAAAGCCGAGAAAACAGUCAAACUUUCACCUGCGGGAAAAGUCGAAAGAACGUCACCUCGUGAUAGAUGCUGUAGAGGUUAAAAAUGAAACACCUCUCAGUGUUGCUGCUGUAUGCACUGGUGAGCUUGUAUGGCCAUAUUGGUGUGCUGUCCCAGGCUCCCACCUACGGUGAACGAGGCUCUGAUCUUGGCAUACAGGUUUUUCAGCAAGUAGUCCAAUCAAAGCCUCUGGAAAAUGUAGUUCUGUCACCUCAUGGAGUAGCCUCUAUUCUUGGGAUGUUGCUACCAGGAGCCCAUGGAGAGACCCGGAAGCAGGUCCUCAGUGCUCUCCGCUACAAGAAAAAUGGCCCAUACAGGAUGUUGAAGAAGCUGCACAAGGCCUUGACAGCUAAGUCCAACCAGGACGCUGUGCUUAUUGCCAAUGCCUUGUUCACACAAGAGGGCUUCCCCUUGGAGGGGACCUUUAUAGCCACCAACAAAGACAACUUCCAGUGUGAGAGCAGGAGCAUGGACUUCAGCAACCCUGAUGUGGCAGCAGAAGAAAUCAAUGCAUGGGUCAACAACAAGACCAAAGGUCACAUCCCCAGCCUGAUCAAAGCAGACAUGCUGGACGCGGCUAUGACCCGUCUGGUUGCUGUCAACUCAAUCUACUUCAAAGGCUUAUGGAAGUCUCGCUUCCAGCCCGAGAACACCAAGAUGAGGCCCUUCAACGGGGGCGAUGGAAAUGUAUACAAAGUUCCAAUGAUGUCCCAGCUGUCGGUCUUUAACAUUGGUGUAGCCAGCACACCCCAGGGACUGAAAUAUAAGGUGAUCGAGCUGCCCUAUCACGGUGGCUCCAUCAGCAUGUUGAUCGUUCUGCCAUCAGAAGAGGACACCCCUCUGUCUCAUGUUAUCCCACACAUCAGCACAGCCACGGUGCACAGCUGGACUUCACUCAUGCACACAAGAAAAGUUCGCCUACUGAUCCCCAAGUUUACUGCUGAAGCCGAGGUAGAUCUGGAAGCCCCCCUGUCAGCGUUGGGAAUAACAGACAUGUUCAGUCAGGCCAAAGCUGACUUCAGACACAUCAGUGCUGAACCUCUUUAUGUAUCCAAGGCUCUCCAGAAAGCCAAAAUUGAGGUGAAUGAAGAUGGCACAAAAGCUGCAGCUGCCACCACUGCCAUUUUGUUGGCCAGGUCAUCCCCACCCUGGGUCACAGUGGACAGACCUUUCCUCUUCUUCAUCAGACAUAAACCCACAGGAACUAUCCUCUUCAUGGGCCAGAUCAACCAGCCUUGAGCCCAGACUUGCUGGCCAGCCCCUGGUAGCAUCAUAGGCCAGUAUGGGAAAUACUUCUACACUGCCAUGCAUGAACACAGACAUCCAUAUAAACACAUACACACAAACUCUGCUGUAGACUUAUGUACAGUGUGGACAUAUGAUGUUAUUUGUUUUAAGUAUGCUUUUUAUGUUAUCUGUUUUCUGUAACUAUAACAUGAUUUAAAAAUGGUCUGCUGACUAAAUUUUUCCAGCCUUUUUAAUUUUUUUAAUACUUUUUGAAUUUAUCACAUUUUUUAAGACUUUGAAUGUCCAAUUGUGUAUUUUCUCAGUUCUGGAGUAAGAUAAGUUUGGUUGUCAUGUCAUUGUUUCAGUGUUACAGUUCUUCAUUUUAAGUCAGGUCACUCCAGUCUGUUAAGUUUCACUUCUAAGUUAUGGCAGCAUGUAAGAUGCCUUUCAUCCAGCUUCUGUAAAAUGAUUGUUUCCCUUAUUAAGGAAGUCUUUUGUUUUCAUUCUGCCAUUAUAUUUGAUUGAAUAAAUACACGUUUAUAACA